UACACCUGCCUGAGUGCCAAGCCUCUGCGGAUAUAUAAGGGAAACCUUCAAGAGGCAUUUCAGAGUUACAGGGAAGAAGCUGAAGAAAAGGAAUUCACCCAGCGCGGUCAGACAGAAACCGAACCAACCAUGAUUCUCCCUGCCAUUCACUUCUCCGGCUUUCUCCUAGCCUGCGUCUUCAUGAAAAGCUGUUUGGCUUUCAAGAAUGAUGCCACAGAGAUCCUUUAUACACAUGUGGUCAAACCUGUUCCAGCGAGCCCCAGCAGCAACAGCACGCUGAACCAAGCCAGAAACGGAGGCAGGCAUUACGGCAGCACUGGAUUAGAUCGUAACAAUCGCGUUCAAGUUGGCUGCCGGGAACUGAGAUCCACCAAGUACAUUUCAGAUGGGCAGUGUACCAGCAUAAAUCCUUUGAAAGAGCUUGUGUGUGCUGGUGAGUGCCUCCCUUUGCCAGUGCUUCCCAACUGGAUUGGGGGAGGUUAUGGAACCAAGUACUGGAGCAGAAGGAGCUCCCAAGAGUGGAGAUGUGUCAAUGACAAAACUCGCACACAGAGGAUCCAGCUCCAGUGUCAAGAUGGAAGUACAAGAACCUACAAAAUAACCGUGGUCACAGCCUGCAAAUGCAAGAGGUACACCAGACAGCACAACGAGUCCAGCCACAAUUUUGAGGGAACCUCUCAGGCAAAGACCACCCAGCAUCACAAAGAGAGAAAAAGAGCCAGUAAAUCCAGCAAGCACAGCUCAAGUUAGAAGUCAGGCAACCCUUCCCCCAAAACUGAACUCAUCUGUAACCAUCUUCUUUACAGAUCUGACUGCUUAAAAGACAAGUCUGCCAUUUCUGUGUUCUCACUUGACAGUGCAUUGCUUUGACCAAGCUCAAAACGGCAUUCUGUGCAUAUGGACCUUUUUGGUGAUUUUCCAAAUGCUCCAGAUGGGCAGUACCACAAGCCUUCCAACCUCACACAAUGAAGUCUUACAUUUUUUUGAGGUGUGGAGGCAAAGAAUUGUUCCCAUGAACAUUCACUGAAAUUUUAUUUUUUAGAAAGGUGCUUUGUUGUGAGUUUUCACAGGAACAGUUGAUUAGCAAAUGUCUCUUGCCUUCCGAAUAAUAUUUUAUGAACUUUUGACACAUCUGCUUAAAAGCAGCAACCAGUAACUGUUGUCAGUUUCAUUCUAACAAAACAAUAUCUUGCAUGCUGAUCUUUUUCUUCUGUCUACCAAAAACUAAAAUAUGCAUGGCAGCAAUUGAAA